AUGGCGGCGCCCGUGGGCGGCCUGGAGGCAGAGGAGGGAGGCGGCGCCGGGCGCCGGGCGUCCGCCGUGGAGGUGUCGGCGCCCUCGGACCCCGCGGCUCCCGCCCCGCGGUGCCCACACGGGCCCACUCUCCUGUUUGUAAAAGUGAGCCAAGGGAAGGAGGAGCCGCGGAAGUUCUAUGCCUGCUCAGCCUGCAGAGAUAGAAAGGACUGCAAUUUCUUUCAGUGGGAGGAUGAAAAGUUGUCGGAAGCUAGACUUGCUGCCAGAGAAGCUUAUAACCAGAGACACCAGCCCCCUCUAUCCCGAGCACAGUGCAUAGAAAGGUACCUGAGUUUUGUUCAGUUGCCCCUGACUCAAAGAAAGUUCUGUCAAAGUUGCCAGCAAUUGCUGUUACCUGCGGAUUGGAGGGAGCACAGUGAGCAUCAGCUGUUGUCUGACAUCUCCAUCACCCAGCUCCGAAAACCCAGUCAGCUGCUCUACCCACUGGAGAACAAGAAGACGCACGCCCAGUUCCUGUUUGCUGACAGGAGCUGCCGGUUUCUGGCCGGCCUCCUUGCCACCCUUGGGUUUAGAAGAGUCCUGUGUGUUGGGACACCAAGGCUACACGAGCAGAUCAGACUGACAGCAGCAGGCGACAGGUCCAACACUAAAAGCCUUUUAUUGGAUAUUGAUUUUCGAUACUCGCAGUUUUAUCUGGAAGAUAGCUUUUGCCACUACAACAUGUUCAACCAUCAUUUCUUUGAUGGAAAGGCUGCCCUUGAAGUAUGCAGGGCGUUCUUACAGGAGGAGGAAGGUGAAGGCGUGAUUAUGGUGACAGACCCUCCUUUUGGUGGCUUGGUUGAACCUCUGGCCAUUACAUUCAAGAAGUUAAUUGCUAUGUGGAAAGAGGGUCAAAGCCAAGAAGACAGUCACAAAGAACUGCCCAUUUUCUGGAUUUUCCCUUAUUUUUUUGAGUCGAGGAUUUGUCAGUUUUUCCCAAGCUUCCACAUGCUGGAUUACCAGGUAGAUUAUGAUAAUCACACACUUUACAAACAUGGAAAGACAGGUCGAAAACAGUCUCCUGUUCGGAUUUUCACCAAUAUCCCACCCGACAGAAUAACCCUUCCUAUAGAAGAAGGGUACAGAUUUUGUUCCCUCUGUCAGAGAUAUGUUUCUCUUGAGAAUCAGCACUGUGUGCAUUGUAAUUCUUGCACAUCCAAGGAUGGCAGGAAAUGGAGUCAUUGCUUUCUCUGCAGAAAGUGUGUGAAGCCUUCCUGGAUCCACUGCAGCACUUGCAAUCGCUGUGCACUCCCGGACCAUUCCUGUGCGGGCCCCAAAGAUGGCUGCUUUAUUUGUGGCGCGUUGGAUCACAAACGCAGCAAUUGUCCCAACAUUGGCAUCGCUAAGAGACCUAACAAAGCUGUCAGAAAGCAGAAGCAAAGAAAAAGUAAUAAGAUAAAAGCGGAGCCACUAAAGGACAACCCAUGAAUCACACAUCUGCUCCACGAAGGAAGAGGAGGACAGGGCCCAUCAAUACCCUCGCUCUUAAAUGCCCAGUGACUGGAGAAUAAGGAAGAUUUACAGUCCAGCCUUGGAUGCCAUUUUCUCCAAGUGCCACACUUCAAAGGUGUGCACCUUCCUGAGCUCGGUCGCUAACAGGCAAGUGGCAUUUGUUGGCUUCGAACCUGAGUCCUUUCACUGCCUCUGCAGACCUGGGAGCUUCCAGCCCUGAGCUGGUUCUCGGCUCUGCAUGUUUUCCCACUCUUUAAAUUCCACCAGGCUUCCUUUUGUCCAAAAAGUGAACGUGCAGCCUACAUUUACAUACAAUACCAGAGAUUAAUGCAAAUGAAAAUCUAUGGUUUUCCUUACGUCAGGCCUUUGUUUUAAUUUAGAAAUGAAAUUGUUUUGUUAAAUGACCAAGCACUACAAGGACACUAAGGCACAUCCAGUCCAAGACCCAUGGGGCCACCUGUGCUGUAAUUGAAAAAGUGGCUCGAGAGAAAAAAUGCCAUGGGACAGAACUCACGUGGAGGCAUUUUUAUUAGAGGAAAGGGAAUAGGGAAAAGAGGAGAGGAGGGAUAGACCGAUCGAGAAAAAAGGCAGAGAAGUGCAGAGAGAGGUGGGGGGAGGGGCGGGGCCCUUUGAAAAGAACACAGUGAAUGUGCACAGGUGAUGCUCAGUGGCUGCAGCUGAGGGCGUGUCCUGUCAGAACCCCAAGGGCAGGCCAGUACAGAUGUCUGAGUAUUAACAAUGUAUACCCCAGGGUAGCUAUGCGUGUGGCCCAACAGAAGCAUAAACACAUUUAAUCAUUAUGAGGCUUUGUGUGGCUUUCUUCAUAACUCAAAUCACAUAGUCCUUGAGUGGAACAUUGUAGAUGAUAUCUUGUUGCAAUGUCCAAAGGUUGGACAUGCCCGGACUCUUUUCAACAAAUUAUUUGAAGAUUAGAUCUGAAGAUGAUGGGGUAAAUUGAUAUUAAAGCACUGUAAAGAUAAGAGGAUUGUACUUGUUUUAUUAUUAAACCUUUAUUUUUU